CACUUUUAUUCAUGGACUCAAUAUAUAUUGGGUCUAAGUUCUAAGCACUGGGGACACAACACUGAGCAAUUGGGGGAGUAUGUAUGCUCCUGCCACCCGGUAUGUAGAGCCCAGAGAUGCUGUUUAACAUCCUACAAUACACGGGAUGGUCCCCCACCCCCACCCCCAACAACGAGUGAUCCACACAAACUAUCAGUAGUGCUGAAGUUAGGAAUCCUGACAGUAAAAACUGAAUCAAUUAUAGUGUAUGAUAUAAUGUGAGAGCUCCAUGGGAAGACAGCAGGGGAGGGGGGACUAGGCGUGAAGGUAGGCAGCCUCCAGGAUGGGACUGGUUGGUCCAGGAGGGCCUCAGUGAGCUGAUGUCACUUCUGUAAAAGACCUGGAGGAGGAGAGGGGGGACUCCAUGCACACAUCUGGGGAAGAUAGGUGUGUGCAAUAUUAUAAUAUGUGCACUCACCAAGAGUGAGUUCCAGGGGGCCCCAGAGUAGAGAAUGCCAUCGGAAGAGUCAGGGAAGUGGUGGCGAUCAUGGGGGACCUUGCCGGCUUUGAUGCUGAUGAGUGAGCUGGGGAUUGUUGAGCAGAAUGGCUGGAAGUGAUGUAUGUUAGAAAGGGCUCUCUCUGGCCCAAGCAUCGGGAAGGUAAGGGGGCAAGGAUGGAAGCCAGGAGAGUAGGUGGGAGGCGGGUGCUGUGAUCCAGGCACGAGAUGAUGUUGGUUUGGACAACAGGGGAGGUGUCGGAAGUGUUGAGAAGAGGCAGGACUCUAGAGAUGCUCCGAUGGCUGGGCCAAUGGAUUGGCUCAUGGGCUGGUCCUGUCCAUAUGGCAACAAGGGCAACUGUAGGGUUUGGGGUCUGGGACACUGGGGAGAUGUUGUGGCCAUCGGCAGCAUUCGGAGAAGCUGUAAAUGCAGUAGGUGGCAGGUAGAGCUCAGGAAUUCCAUUUUGGACAUCUGAAUUCCAAGAUGUCAGGUGAAGAUGUGCAGUAGGGAGCCAGAUAUGUGAGUCAGGAGUGACUUGGGAAAUCAUCAGCACGUGGAGAGUUACUGCAAGCUAUGGGGACUGGAGGAGGUCUCCAGCCAGCGAGUGUAGACAAUGAGAGUGUUUGGAAAAGGGGAUACCAUAGUCGUGGUGUGCAGAAUGGUGAGAGACGGGCAUGCUGACCGCCACGGGAAGGGAGCAGCUGUGUCUAAGGCCGCAGCGAGGUGCAGGAAGAUGGGACUGAGACAGGGCCUCCGGAUUCAUCGGCAAGGAUUUGAUUAUUUGUUACAUGGUGGUAACAAAGACCUGAAUGGGGCAGGCCUAAGGAAGCACAGAAAGCAGGGAGUCACCCGCUGUGACGCUUGAAAACAAGAUGCUGGGGGAAAGGAGCCAGAAGCAAAAGGCCUCCUCGUGGGUGAUGCCCUUUGUAUGAAGCUUGCGGGGCAGGCAAAUCCAAGCAGAAUGGUGGUUGCCAGGAGCUGGGAGUGAUGGGAGGAAUGGGGAGGGAUCGCAUACUGGGAACAGGGUCUCUUUGUGGGGUGAUGAAAUGUUCUGGAACUAAGAGGUUGUGGUCCCACAAUGUUGUGAAUGUAAUUAAUGGCAUGGAAGUGGACGGUUUAAAAUGGUUGUGAUGGUAAAUUUUACAUGAUGUGUAUUUUCCCACUAUAUACCUACUUACCUACCUCCGUACAUUCGCAAAGAGGGGCUUCGGAGAUGAGGAGCAGACCAGCUUUUUGCAAGUAGCUUGCUGGAAGGGGAGGAGGGACCUGGAGAGGUAGCUGGUGUAGGAAGUGGGCACAGAGCGAUUCUUGAGAGGAGAGCAACGUUGGUGCACUUGGAUGUGGUGUGAAGGAUGCACAGCUGGGCUCGAGAGCAACUAGGCAGGAGGGAGAGGAACUGGGAGGUACACCGGGGACAGGAAGACGCGGGGGUCGGGGGGAACCCUGUUCCAGCUCACACUUCAUUUAGCACGAGUUUACUGAGCACUCAGGGUGCUCUCCCUGUGGCCCCCAAAGCCCCCUUUGGCUUUUUCUCUCUCUCCAGCAUGCUCAGUUCCGAGAGCCCUCAAUAGCGGGAUUCGGGGGACUCAAUCUCAGUUGCCAAAGUGUCCAAAGGAGCCCAGCCUGGCCAGGUAGCCCGAGACCCCACAGACCCGCCUCAGUCCUGGCACCGGAGUCCAGGAGCUCAGACCCCACCCUGGCUCUUUCCUCUUCCCCACGGACCCCCAUGGUCCUGUGCACCUCUACCGUAAGAAGCAGGGUGCUGAAAAGGCCGGGCGGGGGGAUGCUCCCUCUCCGGUAGAGACCAGAGCUAUCUCUACGUUUAUAUAUUGGGGGGCGGGGAGCGGGACAGGGGAGAGCCCGCGGGGUGGCCCAGCUUCGCAGAGAUUAAAAGCCUGAGUCUGAGACUCGGCAAAAGUCGUGCCUGGGUGCCUGUGUGUGCGCGGGGGACCCCCAAGAGCUUCGUGGGGCUGGGGGCAGGAGGCGGCGGGGGUGGGGUCCACGCAGACCCCGCCCGGCGUCUUGGAACAUCCCUUGCAGCGCCGCUGCUCCCAUUGGCUGGGGCCCAGGGGUCCCAGCCAAUCCUGCCAGGGGUCGUGUUUCUCCUGGGCUGGACCCCCGAGACUCAGAAGCGAGGGGCGCCCCUGGACGGAGCCACAGGACAGCUGACCCAGUGACACGUUGACAUCACUCUGGAGCUGCCGCCUCCGUGGAUGUUGGAUGUUGAUUCCCAGAAGCCCCCCAAGGGGAAAUGGUCAACACCGCCCUUCGACCCGCGCUUCCCCAACCAGAACCAGACCCAAAACUGCUACCAGAACUUCCUGGACUACCACCGCUGCGUCAAGAGAAUGAACCGCCGCGGGAAGAGCGCGCAGCCCUGCCAGUAUUACUUCCGCGUGUUCCACUCGCUGUGCCCCAUGAGCUGGGUGCAGCGCUGGACCCAACAGAUCCAGGACGGGACCUUCGCGGGCAAAAUCUGACGGCCUGAGUGCCGCUCCUCCGAAGGAUCAGCGCUCUGACCGCACAUCCUGGCGUGUCGCGGAGACCCGGCCCCGGCUAUCCACUCCCCAGUCUGUGAGCCACCAAUAAAUCUCUGUUGCUGCUAUUUCUGCCUCAUAUCUGGCGUGGGGGCUGGAGAAGUCCUUCCUGUGUCAGUGCCCUGCAGCUAACACUACUGGUUCUGAUGAGGAGGGGGCAGGGAUGGAGGGAGGAUCGUCAGUCUCUGGGCAGGAUCGAGCCCAGCCCCUCCUGCCCCCGUUCCAGUGCCUCCAGCGGGCAGCGGCCGCCCGCCCAGGCUCCGUGGAGGACAGCACUUGCCCACGAGGGUGCUCCUGACUGUCCAUCCCCACGCCUGGUGCGCCCUUCAUCUCCUCCCUCAGGAUCUUCGCCUCUUACCUCCGCAGACUCCUUUGGGACUUGCAUUCCCAAGUUCUGGGGGGUUGUUUGGUUGUGUACCCCCCAGCGCUGACCCCAACCCUCCCUCCCCAGCUCCGGACCCGUCCCCAGCUCUUCACCACUCUCCAUCACUCCCCUGCCCCUGUCUGACUCCAUUUCCCUCCAAGUACACCCCGGUCUCACCCCGCGCGCCCCUCCCAACAGUCUUCUGCACGCCUGGCCUCGGCCUUCCAGCACCGUCCCCAGCCCGAGCAGUCUCCUCCGUGGGUCUCCAUAGAUACCUGUCACGUCAGUUUCUCCAGGAUGCUCCUCCAGGACAUCUGAGCUCCUGUCUGGAUAAUUCUUUGCUCCUGCCCCAUCCAGGCGC